AUGAUUGCGCGUUUCGCUUCGUCUCCUGCUAAUCGUGAUUUGCUGUCAACCUCGUCAUCACGGGUGCCGCCGGCUGCUCAAGAACUGGUAGAAUUUAUCAACAAUAGUUGGACCUCGUAUCACGCCACAGCGACCACCGCACGCAAGCUUGAGGCCGCGGGAUUUGUCCGGUUAAACGAACGAGAUGAAUGGAAUCUAAUCCCAGGCGGAAAGUACUUUUUCACGCGCAACAUGUCCUCCAUCGUAGCUUUCGCUGUUGGGGCAAAGUAUGUUCCUGGAAACGGUAUCCAUAUCAUUGGGGCUCAUACGGAUUCGCCCUGCCCAAAGCUGAAACCCGUUUCCUCGAUUACCAAGAGUGGUUUCCUAGAAGUAGGAGUGCAGACAUAUGGAGGGGGGUUGUGGCAUACGUGGUUCGAUCGUGAUCUCUCUGUCGCGGGGAAGGUGGUCCUGAGACGAGGCAAGGAAAGUGGACGGCUGUCACAAGAGCUUGUGCAGGUAAACCGACCAAUACUCCGCAUCCCCACCCUCGCAAUCCAUCUCGACAGAAAUGUCAACACAGAAGGAUUUAGGCCAAAUGUCGAAGCGCAUCUCGCGCCAAUCUUGGCGACUGCCAUAAAGGGUGAGCUUGGGUUUGAACUAACAGCCUCCUGUCCUAGUGAAAAUGAUCAAGACUCCGCUUUGCACGAGAAAGAAAAGAAACCGGCACAUCACCCGCUGCUUCUUGCAGUCCUAGCUGAGGAACUCGACUGUGAUGCAGAUGAAAUCGUGGACUUUGAGCUCGAGGUUUGCGACGUGCAGCCGUCAGUAAUCGGAGGCGCCGCCCUUGAAUUUAUUUAUUCCGGCCGUCUCGACAAUCUGGCGUCAGCUUUUUGUGCACUGAAGGCCUUAUUGGAAGCCGGAGGAGAUGGUUCCUUGGAGGAAGAAUCCGGCGUUCGCAUGAUUGCAUUUUUUGAUAACGAAGAAGUAGGUUCUGGUAGUGUUAUUGGUGCAGGUGGUACCGUCCUAGCCGAUGCCAUCAACCGCAUAAUUCGAAUCCUCUGCAGCAACUCGCAGGAGGAAGGCAUAUUUGAGCGUUCCAUGCGAAACAGUUUCUUGGUAAGUGCAGAUAUGGCUCACGCGCUCCACCCUAACUAUGCCGACAAGCAUGAAAGUAAUCAUGCGCCGAAGUUACAUGCGGGGCUGGUAAUUAAACACAACGCAAACCAGAGGUAUGCCACGAAUGCGGUGACUGCGACGCUUUUCCGUGAGUGUGCAUCCAAGAGCGGCAUUCCAACUCAGGAGUUCGUUGUCCGCAAUGAUAUGGGUUGCGGUUCAACCAUUGGACCCAUCCUCAGCGCAAAUUUAGGGAUUCGGACUGUUGAUGUUGGCGUGCCACAACUCUCCAUGCACUCAGUUCGGGAGAUGUGUGGUACCGAAGAUAUUGAUAUCUGCUACAGACAUUUCAAAUCUUUCUUUGAAAAUUUCGCAGCAGUGAGCUCGGACUGCAAUGACAUCGACUUCUAA